CUCUCUGUGCGGCGCAGAGCGCGCGCCUCUCCGCUGCUCCAACUGAGUUGAUCAGUGUCCGGAAUGGAUACCUGAUGGGUGGACGAUCGAUGACUGAUCAGUCAAAACCCCGAGCUAGACUCACAGCCAGGAGACACAGACCCGUUCAGUGUUGAUUACUGAUUAAUAAUCGGCAGCUGGUAGUGUGUGUGUGAGCUGAGUUCAGCGCUUCAAACCCAAAGGACUCUACUUUCUUCAUCCAUCCAUCACCUCCUCCUCCUUCGGGAUGAAGACUCCUCUCAGCCCCUCUCAGCUCCUGGAGAGUGGGCAGAUCUUUGCCUUUGGAGGGAUGUGUCAUGAACUGAUGGACAGACCCAUACCUACAACCAUCAGUCUCUCUGUCCAGCAGACUCCACCCCCAGGUCAGGGUGGGGCCUACUCGCUGUGUGAGGUGUGUAACCUGCAGCUGACCUCUGCUGCUCAGGCCCAGGUGCACUACAAUGGCAAGUCUCACCUUAGAAGAGUGAGACAGCUCCAGGCUGGAGAGACAGGACAACAGGCAGCAGCAGGGGCUCAGUCUAGGUCUCUUCCCCAGCCCACAGGGCUCAGCUCCCAGCCAACAGGACUAACUCCGACACCAGGCCCCAGUCCAGGCGUCAGUGCUCCAUCCAGCACGACUGCAGGAAUUGGGUGUGGUGCAGUGGGCGGGGCGUUGCCAGGGCUGAUAGGCGCCAGUAGUCCCUCAGUGAUGAUGAAAUCAUUCCUGUCGUUUCCUGUCGAGACAACGUCACCAGUCGGACUUUUCCCAAACUUCAACACGAUGGACCCGGUGCAGAAGGCCGUCAUCAACCACACCUUUGGCGUUACCUUGGUACCCAAGAAGAAACAGGUCAUCUCAUGUAACGUCUGCCAGCUGAGGUUCAACUCUGACUCUCAGGCAGAAGCUCAUUACAGAGGCAGUCGUCACGCGAAGAAGGUCAAGUCUCAGGAGAACAAGGCAAAGGCCAAGCUGGCAGUCACUGGAGAGAACAAUGAGAGCAGCACAAGUCCUGUGGGCCUCACCCCACCUGUCUCAUCAAACAGUAGCACCAAUCAGCACACAGAACUCUUAUCUAGCCUUAUAGACUCCUCCUCUGCUCUCAAAUCGUUCCUCCUCCCCUCUUCCUCCCCUCUCUCCUCGUCCUCCUCUUCCUCUAGCAGAGCAGGCAGUGAGCCUCCUCCCUCCAGUCCUCCCUCUGCCCUCCCUGCACCGGGCCUCUUCUCCUCUCCUUCCUCCUCUUCCUCUUCUUCCAAAGCCUCUCCCCCUCCCCCUCCUCCAGCUCCUGUCACAUCCGCUUCAUUCUCUGCUCCCCAUCCUCCUCCUACUCCUUCCCAGGCCUCCUCCCAGGAUGCUUCUCUCUCCGCAGAGUCGGAAGAGGAGAAAGCAAAGAAGCUGCUGUACUGCUCUCUGUGUAAAGUCGCUGUCAACUCUCUGUCUCAGCUGGAGGCUCAUAACGCAGGUUCAAAGCACAAGACGAUGCUGGAGGCUCGGAGUGGUGCCGGACCAAUCAAGGCCUACCCACGACCCGGAGCCAAGCUGAAGAACGGCAGCAGCUCUGGAAUAAAAGGGUCCGGCCUGCAGAACAAAACCUUCCACUGCCAGAUCUGUGAUGUCCAUGUCAACUCUGAGAUCCAGCUCAAACAGCACAUCUCCAGCAGGAGGCACAAAGAUAGAGUGGCAGGAAAACCCAGCAAACCCAAAUACAGCCCUUACAACAAACAGCAGCGCAGCUCACUCACUAAGGAGCUGGUGAAGCCCUCUCUCUCUCCUUCCUUCCUCUCCACUCCCUUCGCUCCUCCACCCUCCUCCCUCACCUCCUCCAUCUCGCUCCCUCCCACCUCUCUCUCCUCCUCCCCUCUCCUCACUCCCACCUCCUCACCCCUCACCCCUGCCAUCUCUCUCCAUCCUCGCCCUCCAGCGUCCUCGUCCCUCUUCACCGCAUCCUUCCUGCGUCCGGCUCCUGGACCAAUCAGAACGAGCCAAGGAUCCAUUCUCUUCACACCCUACUAACGGCAGUGGGAGUCGAACCGGCGACCUUUGACCUCUGACCUCCAGUUUGUUGGAGCUCAACGGGCAGAGGAGUCCAGAAGAGACAUUCAAACCUGCAACCAUCUCACCUGACUGAGGCUUCAAAAAGAGACCUGAGAGGACAGAACCUCCACCUCCUUCUGUCUAGAUCUCCUUCUCUGGUCCAAAAGGUCACAGCUGACUUGAAAGCAACCCGUGAUGAUUUUUUCCAAACCAGAAAGGGACUCAAUGCUUUAAAAAAAACACAGCCCUAAAGCUGAACAGAACAUAAGUUAAAAGGUUCUCACACAUUCUGGAAAACCUGGUAUUUUUUUAAAUGCAGUCAUGAAUAUCUGGUCAUGGAAAAGUCUAUCUGUCAUCCCCAUUUCUCAUUUUAAUGCUCCUGAUUCAGCUGAUUUGAAACGUCCAACUUGAAGAUAAAUAUGUAGAACCUUUAACUUGUGCAUGAAAACAUAGAGACAGUUUUUUCUUUGUUCUGCCUUUUUACCAAAAAUGCGCCCUAAAGUACCUCAUCGUUUAAUGACAAAUGACUUUUUGUGGAAUCUACUGAAAAUUGAGCUGGAGUUUUUAAUAUAGUUUGGUUUGAUUGAGAAAACAAUAAUCAGAUCCAGAUUUUCAGGCUAGAAGAUGCAGCUUGUGUUGAGACCAGACACAAAAGUGAACAAGAAAGUCUGGACUUUUCGUUCAGGUUGGCUGCAGGUCCUCAGGAGUUAGGAGCGGGUUGGAUCGGUCUGAACAAAUCUCCUCUAAACACAGAAGCUCUUCUUCCUCAUGCUGGAUGAACUAACCAGCAGACACCUGAUGUCAGAGAGUCCAGCACGUCACAAAUACUGCAGAUGUCUUCACGUCAUAUCAACACUGGACUGUGAUGCCACAGGUGUCCUCCCUCAGACAUCCCCGCGCUCAUGUUCGACUCGUUCCUAACAUACAGCAAACUACGAAGUGGAGAGAGAGAAUUUAAAAGAUGCAGCUUACGCUAUUUUAUAUUUUGUUUAUUGUCACCAAAUCCCUUAAAAAGCACAGAACCAAACAAAAUGUCAGUACUUUUAGGCUUUCCUACACUUUCUGUGGCUUUCAGGCCCAAAUCCAUUGGUUUCUACUUACGACACAAAUCUUUAAAAAUGGCUCACAAAUAUAUAGUUUCAUUUUUUACAAAGCCUCAGUAAUUUCCUAAACAGCUGAACACUGUAGUUUUAACUAAAUGUUACUCCAACAGGAGGAAAUAGUACAAAAAUGUUGUGUUUCUUCACUCAUCUGACGUCACACAUGUGUUCAAAGAUCUCAGCUAUUGCAGUAUAAUUUUGAUAUUUUUAAACCUGGGCCCCACUGUCACAUAUUUUGGUGUUGAGCUCUUGUACGUACGCAGCAAACUCGUCUUCCUCAUUUCCACCAGCAACAACUUGCCUCUAAUGAGAUUUCAGUGGGAGAACAGUCCUUGAGCGAGUCUUCUGUUUCUUGUGAAAAACAAAGGGUGUAACUUGGAGUCAAGCGUGCAGAUCCUUUCCAUGAUGUUGUCAGACACCUCAUCAGUGUGAACCUGUCGUGGAAAAAAGCACUUUAUGUGGAUGUAAUUUUGACAGGCACAAUUGCCCCAAAUUAAUAUAUUGUAGCCACUGCUGCCGGCUGAAGCCAUCUACUGCACAAAUUCCACAACUUUUUGUACCUAGUCAUUUUGACUAGUCAUUAGAAAAAGAGGGCCCAGGUUUAAAAAUACAGAAAUUAGCCUUUAUCUCUGUACAAUGUUAUUAUUGCGGAUAAAAAUUAUGAAAAAAACUAUGAAAAUAUGACCUAAGUUGCAGGGCCAUAGUCAUGAUUGUAGAAAUACCUGGUUCAUGAGCCCAGGCCUCCCUACAGUCUGCUUUCCUUGUUGUUUCUCUGCACUCUUAGCCAGGUAUGUAAUUCUGGUUGAAGCUAAAUCCCUUUAAAUGUAAUUUAUUCUGUUUUUUGUCUAAAACAGCCACUGUGUAAUUAUUUACACACUGACUUUAAUAUGUGUGUUGUUGAUGUAACUACUCUCACCAUGACAACAUAAAGUCCAGGUGAAAAUCAGUUUUACCAAGUCAGCAAAAACCAAAAACAAUAACACAAAGUCACAUCAGGAUGGUUAAUUCAGGACACACAACACUGGCUAAACUUGCUGUAUGUUUGGAAUCAGAGUACGAAAACAUGAACGCCUCCUCCUUAUAUCUGAUGUCCACACUUCUGCCUGUACCUGUUGUCGUCUCCACUGCCAGUGUGUUACAGAUUCGCUCUGCACUCUGGGCUGGGCUACUUCCUGGUUUUACAGUGAAAAAGGCCUUUCGUCCUGACUGUCGGUUUAGUGUCAGUCAACCUUUCUGCUGUCACUGAAUCUGACUAGAACUUUCCGGGGUUUAAAACGGAACAGAACAUUUACUGUCACUGAAACUGAAACUUUUUUCACAAAGAGUCAGAGGAACUUUUUAAGACUUUAAAAACGUCACUGGAACACUGGAAGAAACAAUAUCCGUAAAUAAGCUUAUUCACUUUCAACGAGAAAAAGAAAAGACUAACUUGCUUCUGGUGGCUUUUUCUGUGCUUUAAUAUUUUAUUUUACAGUAUAUGUUGUAAAUAUUUGCCCUAACCUUUUUCAUGACUUUCAAACAACCACAUGCCCUGUCCAUUCAUCCAACACCUUGGUCAGGAGACAGAUUGUUCAACAACUACUAGCCACAUUUGGAUGCACCCAUGAGAUUUGUCCUUUCAUCUAGUGCCACCCUCAGGACAAACAUCACAUUUUCAGCUCCACUACUUGUAAUGCUCUUAGAAAAUCUAAAUAAUUAGCAUGUUAUGUGCGACAAAAUUCAGAAAUUCAGUGAAUGGAGAUGUAUCAUCACAUGACCUAAGUAUGGAGCUUCUGUGAUAACAGGUGCUCAUAUAUAUGGAGGGAGAUGGUCUCUUGACUUCAGCUGUGAACGUCCUCCUUGAUCUUUCGGGAGGACUUUCAUUAGACGCCUGAUGUUGUGUUCAGGUAUGUUUGUAUUUAUUUAUUUUUUCAGUGGUUUUAAACACACACACGCACAAACACAUCUCCCGGUCCAUAUCUGCAUAAAUACAAGCACCAGCAUCAAGGAAGUUAUCCAGCCUUGCAGACACUAUAACAAAGGGGCCAAUGUUACAUUUUUCUUUUUUUAAUGGAUUGGACGUACAGAUUACUGACCCAGGCUUUCUUAAUAUAUGAAAUCUGAAUCUGAGGGUUGGAAAUGGGUUUCUUGAAGAAAGAAAACAUCACCUUUAAGCUGCUGUAAGUGUGUCACUGCUUUGUCCGCUUUCAUGGCUCCCUUGACUCCUUUAUUAUUCCUUAAGACAAAAUGGCAGCUUCUCUCCAGCAUGAAUAAAAAUAAAGAAAUUUACAUGCAGUUGUAAACCAAUAGCGGUACAAGAAGUGAGGUAUUGUUAUGAGUAGAGAGUCUGUGCUGCCUGUGAACUUACCUUCACUAAAGUACAUUUCCUAACUAUACUGUUUUCAUAUUGUUUGGCAAAUUGCACUUUUUUUGUUGAUAUUUGUAGCAACAAGUUUGUGUCUAAUAUUCUAAUUGUGUGUUUUGCUCAAAGUUUGGCAGAUUUUCAUCAUCCCCUCCAUGUAACAGACUUGAGUCAUGUGAUGAAGCCUGAGCUAGCUCCAUCUGCUAAAGACGAGUAUCAAAUGUGGUGGAAAGUUCAGGUGGGAAAAGCUUGUGAAGUGGACCUGUUAGAUUUUUUUAUUUUUUAGUCACACAACUGGUCAAGAAUGAACUUUGAUGCUCAACAUCGGUAUGCUGCUUGUUAUGUCCAUUACUUUCAUAAUGUGGCUGUAAUAAACUCUGCAGCAUCCACGGUGCAGCAUCCACGGGAAACUAGCAGCAGCUGGUGUUCUCAAAAAGCCAACAAACGUCAUAGCAAGAAAAUAGCUUUCUUUAGCAUUUUCAGACUUACAUUUGAUAAAAAAUUUAAUGAUAAGGUGGUUUGAGAGUCAUGAACAGGGUUCAAAGAACCAGGAGAAACCAUAGAAAACUUCUCACAAACUUGAAGAUGUAGUAAAGAUCCUCCUCUGUGUUGUCAAUAAUAAUAAUAGCAAUGUCAAUAAUUUACUUGAGAGAGAAUCACUUGUUCUUCUUCCUAUUGGGUGGACUUGACUUGAAGGUUGUUUUCAUACUGGCUAUAAGUAAAUGGUGAACCAUAUACCUUUUAUUUCUAGUCAGUAUGAACAAUUGGAACAAUUGCAAUGACCAAUAACUCUUGAAAUGCUUUGGGAAUGUGAGAGUUGUUUUAAGAUAGACGUGAAAUAAUGCAAACCUAUUCUGUAAUGGGGUAAAAUACUUUUGCCCCCCUAAAAUCUACAAUGAAAUGUCAGCGAUUCCACAGCAGCUGUUUAAAAAAAAAACAUAUUUAUAAGUGGUUAUUUAAUUAUUAAUUAUUAGUACACAGUACAAAGCAGAGAUAGAGUGCACCAACAUUGGUAAUUUCCAAGCAAAAAGUCCUUACUACAAAGGCUCCAUCUAGAGAUUUUGAAACCAGUCUCGCUUUGGUCACUGUUUCAGAAAUGAGUGCUAAAGAAUGUCAUGCCCAAAGCUGUCAAUGAAAAGACACUGUGUGGACUCGAUAAAAACAAACAAAAAACAACAACAAAAGAAAAAAUAUAUAUAUAUACACUACCGUUCAAAAGUUUGGGGUCACCCAAACAAUUUUGUGUUUUCCUGAAAAGUCACACUUAUUCACCACCAUACGUUGUGAAAUGAAUAGAAAAUGGAGUCAAGACAUUGACAAGGUUAGAAAUAAUGAUUUGUAUUUGAAAUAAGAUCUUUUUUACAUCAAACUUUGCUUUCGUCAAAGAAUCCUCAAUUUGCAGCAAUUACAGCAUUGCAGACCUUUGGCAUUCUAGCUGUUAAUUUGUUGAGGUAAUCUGGAGAAAUUGCACCCCACGCUUCCAGAAGCAGCUCCCACAAGUUGGAUUGGUUGGAUGGGCACUUCUUGCGUACCAUACGGUCAAGCUGCUCCCACAACAGCUCAAUGGGGUUCAGAUCUGGUGACUGCGCUGGCCACUCCAUUACCGAUAGAAUACCAGCUGCCUGCUUCUGCUCUAAAUAGUUCUUGCACAAUUUGGAGGUGUGUUUAGGGUCAUUGUCCUGUUGUAGGAUGAAAUUGGCUCCAAUCAAGCGCUGUCCACUGGGUAUGGCAUGGCGUUGCAAAAUGGAGUGAUAGCCUUCCUUAUUCAGAAUCCCUUUUACCCUGUACAAAUCUCCCACCUUACCAGCACCAAAGCAACCCCAGACCAUCAUAUUACCUCCACCAUGCUUAACAGAUGGCGUCAGGCAUUCUUCCAGCAUCUUUUCAUUUGUUCUGCGUCUCACAAACGUUCUUCUUUGUGAUCCAAACACCUCAAACUUGGAUUCAUCCGUCCACAACACUUUUUCCAGUCUUCCUCUGUCCAAUGUCUGUGUUCUUUUGCCCAUCUUAAUCUUUUUCUUUUAUUGGCCAGUCUCAGAUAUGGCUUUUUCUUUGCCACUCUGCCCUGAAGCCCAGAAUCCCGCAGCCGCCUCUUCACUGUAGAUGUUGACACUGGUGUUUUGCGGGUACUAUUUAAUGAAGAUGCCAGUUGGGGACCUGUGAGGCGUCUGUUUCUCAAACUAGAGACUCUAAUGUACUUAUCCUCUUGCUCGGUUGUGCAACGCGGCCUCCCACUUCUUUUUCUACUCUGGUUAGAGCCUGUUUGUGCUGUCCUCUGAAGGGAGUAGUACACACCGUUGUAGGAAAUCUUCAAUUUCUUAGCAAUGUCUCGCAUGGAAUAGCCUUCAUUUCUAAGAACAAGAAUAGACUGUCGAGUUUCAGAUGAAAGUUCUGUUUUUCUGGCCAUUUUGAGCGUUUAAUUGACCCCACAAAUGUGAUGCUCCAGAAACUCAAUCUGCUCAA